CAGCGAUAUCUGUACUACGCAUAGUCCCGCGAUUUCACGGAGGAUCAUGGCGACCAUUACUAAAGACAUCGGUGAAAUUUGGAGUCGACUUUUCGAUCAUCGACCAUUCACUCAAGGUGAAAUUACCUUCUUUCUACGUGAAUUUCAGGAGAAGAGAGGCGACAGAGAAGUGGAACGUCUUUUCAAAAUACUUGAAUACUCUACAGAAUUGAAAGAAAAUGAACUUGAUCGAACAGAGCAACUUGGAGAUUGCCAUUUACCUAGCUUAAAAGCAAACGUCGAUGUUGCCCUGAGCAUGUGCGAAAAAGUCCUUCAAAGGGAAAAUAAUUUUGAUAUUGAUAAAGCAUUGCAAGAAAACAGAGAAAUAAGGAAAAUAGAGUGGGAGAAGUUUGUCAAUGAUAUGAGUGAAAAGUGUGAAAAAGUAAAUCAUACUUUUGAAGAAAAAGAGAAUGAAAUAAAAGAAUUUUAUGACGAUCUUGAAAGAAAGUUACAUAUUACUCUAUAAAUAUUUCACUGCUAUAUCAUAUCAACAGUCGGAUAUAAAAUUACCAACACCAAAAAUUACGCCACGAAGCCCUGAACUGGAAGCUAGAAUACAGAAACUGAAGGCACAACAAGACGCUAGA